AUGGAUUUCCAGAACCGCGUCGGCCACAAGUUCGGGACGGCAGGUCCCGCCACAGAUCAGGAGAUUGCAGCAGACAGGCGGGAGCGGCUUCGCAAACUUGCGCUGGAAACCAUCGACUUGUCAAAGGAUCCAUACUUCAUGCGCAAUCACCUGGGCAGCUAUGAGUGCAAGCUGUGCCUGACGCUUCAUACCAACGAAGGAAGCUACCUGGCGCACACGCAGGGCAAGAAACACCAGAUUAAUUUGGCCAGACGCGCUGCCCGCGAGAAGCAGGAUGCGACGAUCCAGCCGCAGCCGCAGACUUCUUCAGGACCGCGCAAAACUGUGAAGAUUGGCCGGCCCGGUUAUCGGGUGACGAAGGAGCGGGACCCCGACAGUCAGCAGAAGGCUUUGCUCUUUGAGAUUGAGUACCCCGAGGCCUUGGAAAGGGUGAAGCCUCGACACCGGUUCAUGUCUGCCUACGAGCAGAAGGUGGAGCCGCCCGAGUCGAAGUUCCAGUACUUGCUCACAGCCUGCGAGCCUUACGAGACGAUUGCCUUCAAGGUUCCGAACAUGGAAAUUGACAAGGCCGAGAAUAAGUUCUUCACAAGCUGGGACCCACAGCGAAAGGUGUUCACCAUGCAGAUCUUCUUCAAAGACCGUGAAGAGAAAGAACUCCCGGCUCUCCCUCAGCGCCCUGGCACCACCAACCUGGCAUUCCAUGGUGGCGGGGGCUUCACCCGCUGA